AUGCCUUGUCGAUCUCAAAAAGUUUUAUGUAACAAAAAAAAACCAAAUUCAUCAAUUACAGGAACAGAUCAAUUAAUACAAUUGAAUAUGAAUGCAUGUAAUCAAACACAACCUAAUAUAAUUUCUCAUUUGGAAUCAAUUGGUAAUUUAAUAAUCAAUGAAUUAACAGGAUCAGAACGUAAUCGUUUAAAACAACAAUUACUUACAUCUUGUAUUUCAAAUACAAAAACAAUUCAGAAUUUACCAUUAUCUUCAUCAAAAGCAAGUUUAAAACAAGUAUUAACUGAUUUACAUACAUAUGAUUGUCAUAGUCAACGACAAUAUCGUACGAUUGGUACAGGUGACAAUGAUAUAAAUAUAAGUACAUCAACAACAAAUAUCAAUCAAUUAGAUAUAACACCAACACAAAAUAAUAAAACAAAUAUAUUAAAUGAUGAAACUCAAUUAUUAACAGCAAUAAAACGUAAAAGAAGACAAACUAAUCAUCUAAAUUUAUUUCAAAUAAAUGAACCGAAGAAUACACCAAAUAUAGUAACACGAACUAUAUGUACAAGAAGUUCGAAAUUGAAUAAUUUAAAUAAUAAUCGAGAACAAUCUAAUUCUGGUUAG